GAGGGGUCUCCUGGGGCGGGGGCACCGGCGGACACACUGAGUGGGGAGAGGGACGGGGAACGGGUGAUGAAACCCGAAGGUUUCAGACAGGGAUUCAAAAAUGUAACUUUUUUGUGAGGACGAUGCUCUGCCGCUUAUCAGUCGCUCCCAGGCCCCGCCAGGCCUGCGAGCUGCGAGGCCCCGUUCCCCGCACCCUCCCCCCCCCCCGCGCCGCUACUGCGCAGGCGCCGCCCGGCGGCGGGCGGGCGGAGGGACGUUCCCGUGGCAACGGCCGAGCCAGUGGCGGGCGGCCGCAGCCUGACCGGAGCCUCGCCGCCCGCCGCGGCAGCGCUGGACGGGGGAGCGCGGGCAGGCGGCGGCGGCGCGGGGCCCGGCGGGGGAUGGGGGCCGUCCCCCCCCGCCACGAUGCUGCUGGGCAGGAAGCCGGAGGCACCCCUCGGCGCAGGUUUGGAGAUGGAUUAUACGACUCCUAUAUGAGGAUAGAUCAGAUUAGGUACCAAGAGUCUACAAAUGAAGAACACAGCCCCUCAGGACUUCCUUCCCUUGGAAGAUCUAAUAUUUCUAGCAACAAACUCGCAAUGAAGGAUCACCCUCUGACUGGAAGUCAGGUCAAAGUGGAGCAAUUAUUUGAGGACUCUGGCAACAGAAGGAGUAGCACUCUUCAGUCUGCAGGAAUUACUGGUUCAGAAAGAUCUCUUCCUUCCUUGACAAAAGAUAAAAGUUUAGAGAGCAUAAGCACUUCUAAAGGUGGCGGUAGUUCCUCAAAAGCACAUAAAGCCAUUUCCCAAGCUCCAGAGCAAGCUGUCAAACAGUACAAACAUCAGUUAUCUGCUUAUGAACAGCAAGAGAUACUGAAUUUUUCUGAAAUUUACUUUGUGGGUCCAGCUGCAAAAAAAAGACAAGGAGUUAUUGGUGGUCCCAACAAUGGAGGUUAUGAUGACGACCAAGGCAGCUACAUUCAUGUGCCCCAUGACCAUCUUGCUUAUCGGUAUGAAGUCCUCAAAAUCAUUGGCAAGGGCAGUUUUGGACAAGUUGCUAAAGUCUACGAUCACAAACUCCACCAACACUUAGCCUUAAAGAUGGUUCGCAAUGAAAAGAGAUUCCAUCGCCAAGCGGCAGAAGAAAUCCGGAUUCUGGAGCAUCUGAAGAAGCAGGAUAAAACAGGCAGUAUGAAUGUUAUUCACAUGCUGGAAAGCUUCACCUUUCGGAACCACAUCUGUAUGACCUUUGAACUCUUGAGUAUGAACCUGUAUGAGCUGAUUAAAAGAAAUAAGUUUCAGGGCUUCAGUAUCCAACUGGUACGCAAGUUUGCUCACUCUAUACUGCAGUGUCUGGAUGCUCUUUAUAGAAACAAAAUCAUACACUGUGACUUGAAGCCAGAAAAUAUCCUCCUAAAACAGCAAGGGAGGAGUGGAAUCAAGGUUAUAGAUUUUGGGUCCAGCUGUUUUGAGCACCAAAGAGUCUACACAUAUAUUCAGUCUCGAUUUUAUCGGGCGCCAGAGGUAAUUCUGGGAAGUCGCUAUGGGAUGCCCAUAGACAUGUGGAGCUUUGGCUGUAUUCUGGUGGAGCUAUUGACUGGAUAUCCUCUUUUUCCUGGAGAGGAUGAGGGAGACCAACUGGCUUGUAUGAUGGAACUUCUUGGAAUGCCACCUCAGAAGCUUUUGGAUCAAUCCAAGCGAGCCAAGAACUUCAUCAACUCUAAGGGUCAUCCUCGCUACUGCACUGUAACUACGCAUGCAGAUGGAAGAGUGACCCUUACUGGGAGUCGAUCGCGCCGGGGUAAAAUACGAGGAGCUCCAGGGAACAAAGACUGGGUGACAGCACUGAAAGGCUGCGACGAUCCCUUGUUUAUAGAGUUCUUAAAAGAAUGUCUCAGCUGGGAUCCUUCCGCACGCAUGACUCCGAGUCAAGCUUUAAGGCACCCUUGGAUUUGUAAACGCAUACCUAAACCACCCAGCACUGAUAAAACCUCCAAUAAACGGAUUUCUAGCUAUACAAGUUCUUUCACAGGAAUAGGUUCCAAGUUGCCUCCUGUAGUUGGAGUAGCAAACAAGCUGAGGGCUAAUUUAACAUCUGACUCCAACGGCAGUAUACCUCUAUGUACUGUGCUACCCAAACUGGUCAGCUAAUAGAGAAUUAUGUAUUUCCAGAAUACAUACCUUGUAUUUUAAUUCUUUGUUAAUAAUGUGUAAGGAAGUUAAAUGCAGAGGUUUUUAAUGGAUUUACUUUUUAUUAGAGGCUAAAUCUUGAAUAUAAAAAGUUCGGUCAAAAUGUACACGUUUAAAGGGCUAACUUUUAUCCAAUUGUUUCACUCACAAUAUGGUGCAUAUUACAUUACUGGCUACGUCAGCUCAGCUGUUGAGUACAAUGACAGUUUGGCAGACGUGCUAUUUAAUAAUGCUGGUUUAGAAAUCAAACUAUUUCUUAUCAGGACGGUUUAACAGAUUCUUUUGCUUAAGACAGCAAGGGAAAUGGAUUUAAAAUAGCUAUUUUCAGUUAAUCUCCAACUGAACUCUUUUUAUUCUGGGGAGAGUUUUUACAUCUAUUGUCAAAAGCACAAAUGUGUUAACGUAAUGCAUUAGGAACUUACUUACUUGCAAAUUGCUAACUUAUGUUUGAAGACUUUUAUUUCUCUGCGUUACUUUUCCCUUACCUAUUCUGACUGAGAUUUUUUAAAAAAACCAUGGGAUGUAGACAGCAAAGGAAUUUGGUGUUGAAAUUUUAUUAUCUGAAUAAUUUUUUUCCAAAGGAGCAUAAAAAUGCCAUGAAACACAGGAUAUAUCUAAAUAAAACUACUAACUUCUCUACAGUUGCUAUUCCCCUUAAAAGUCUAUGGAAAGCUGGUAGGGGAAGUCAAGAUCAGGACUGGUCCAUCACAAGUAUGGGCCAGUUUGUUCAGGGCUAAUGAGUCAAUUAUACGUUUCCUUGGAGCUCAAAUUGAAGUCAUCAGUUCUGCCAGGUGUGCGUGUGUUUGUUUGUUUUUCCUGUGUUGUUCCCAAAACAAAAAUGUUGAACUUAGAGCUGUUUAUGUACAUGUUAUUUUAAAAACUUUUUUUUGGUGUAGAGUGAAUUCCAUUGAAUUACAUGGAGCUCUUAUAAUAAAAAGCAAACGUGCCACUCCUAUCAGACAAGUGAAAGUUUGUAAGGCCCAGGACUUUAACUAGAAAAUGUGUGUGUGUGGGGCACGCCUAAUAAUUGGAAGCACGAUCUGAAACCUAAGCAUAAUCUGUGAAAUAUCAGGAGGGACAUGAUGUGCAAAAACUUGGUGGAUCCAAAUCAAAAGUUAUGGGAAGAAUUGCUUUAUUUCUAAUCAAAUUCCUUCAGGUCUGUGAGAGAGAGAUGCCUAUGUUUUCUCGUUCUUGAGAUAUAUGAGUUUGUAUUUCCUAUUCCUUUAUCUUCCAAGAACAUGAAAAGGUGGUGUGACCUGUAAUGACAACAGCACAGCUCCUUUGGGUUGUUGCUUCUUGCAGCCACAUGGCCCGAGUCCAUUUACAAAAACCUCUGAUCUCUUGCCAGGUGCCUGAACACAAUUUUAAAUACAAUUUAGAGCUUUUAUGAACAGAAGAUUUUUAGAUUUAAUGAGUUUCUCUGUAGCAGGAUUUUAAUGUUAAAACAAGGAGACUCUCAGUAUACAGACAGAGGAAUUGUCAGGGUGAAUUUUAAGACAGGGUGACUAUGUGUUCAGUACGAGGCCCUCUGAGAAGAUGGGGCCGUGUUUACUCGUCUGCUCCGUUUAAUUACAGCGCUGCUGAAAUGCUGGGUGGAAGCCUGUAGAAAAAGUCAAAAAGACAGAGCCAAAGCUACAAACUUUCCAGGACUGUUGUUUAAACUGAGGUUGUCAUGUACGUAGCUUUUCUGAGUUCUUUUGUUUUACAAGUGUAAAAUCAAUAAGCUGAGUAAUAAUACUAAAAUGAGUAGCCUUUAUCCGUGCAGCUACAAGUAAUACCAGCGUGUAUGGUAUGACCGUGGUUCACUUCAAAUAAUACAUGACUGGUAUUUUUUAUUUGGCUCAGCUGAAUGAAGUUUUAUUUGACUGGAGAAUGGGGGAAGUGGCAGAAGACACCAUCGAUUUUUAGUAGACUCCCUAAUACAUGUGUCACAUUUUCAGAAGCCAGAAACAUUCUCCUUCCUCCUCUGCCCUUUACCUUAUACAUUUUUUUACAAAAUAUACCUGGUGAGUGAGGAGAAAGGAACCUUUCAGGAGCAAUAGCUUGUUAGGAAAGAGGCACAGGAAAGCACUUUAUAUAGAAAUUGUAAAGUGAUGGUAGUGUACGGAGCCUGGCAGAAGACUGAGUGUUGGUGGGCUAGGAGCUUUACAAGCAGGUCUUCUCUUAGGAAAACAGAGCAGUGUUAUGGUUCUAAACCAUUUUUGCCUGUAAAAUGCCAAAUGUAGAAUAAUCAUUCUCCUGUGACAUCUGGGAACUUGUUACUAUGAGGUAACUUCUAGUGUAACAGCCUCUGGUGUACACACAGUAAUCUCAGUUAAGGCUGGUGCUGUAAAACUGCAGAUAAGUAAUUAGCUGGCAAGAACAUUGCUUUUUAUCUAGAAAAUGUGUUCAGCAUGACCUGACUGCACAAGGUGCCCGUUAUGAGUUGUGUGUGUUUAAGACUGGCUCUUUCUUACUCGGGACUACUACGUUUUAAAAUCCAGUGCGUAGUUAACUGUCUUGCUAAUUUGGUGUUCCAGUCUAUGUAGCCAUAGUCGGUGAGAAGGAAAAGGAAGCAGCCUCAGAUUUCUACUGUAUUGAAAAAGACUUCAUAAGCCAGGGAAUACAGCUGAAUUAAUUUUGUCUUGUUUCCAAUUACUCAGCCCCAUUUUUCUUUAUAAAAUGUUUGCUUUCAGCGAAUAGCGUGACCCAGUAUUGCCAAACUGGGAGAGCCCUUCAGGUGAGCUAAUAAAUCUCCUAUCUGGGAGGGACCUGAGGGACCGUCCCCGCAGACGCUUGGCUUGUUGAGUUCCCUGUGAAUUUGCCCAGGAGUUGCCCACAGCCACGCGUGGAGGUUGGACCCCGGGCUGCGUCGCUGGAUGCUGUUGUUCCUAAAGGGCGCUCACGCUCGCAGUGGCUGUCUUCACUGAGAUCAUCCCAAAUUCACGCUUUGGGAGGUCUGAAAUCGCCAGAAGUCCAUCUUUUUCAUUAAUCGUGAUACUGGUUAGAAUGUUAGAAGUAGUCUAAAGCUAAACUUGCCUGAAUAGAACAACAGCUUUUAUUUUUGUGGUAGCUCUUUGGUUUGCAAGUUUGUUAUUCUGCCAGCACCAGCGAGGUUCCUCUGGAACUUCAGUCACGUUCUUCUAGCAAGUUAGGACAAAACAAACACAAAUUACUUGGGUUUACCACAAAACAGACGUCACAUUUAUAAAAGUCUCUUAAGCUUGUUUUAAAAUGUUCCUUACAACGUUCCCUGUUUUACUACACUGUUAGUCUGUGUAUUGUAAAUAACACGCUCUGUUUAUUGUCCGCAUUUUUAGCUGUUUGGUUUAGCGAUAGUUUAUAUAAACGACCGACAAGGCAUGAGCAUCACAUCCGACAGAUACACAUUGCUUCUACACCGGGGUCGAAAUAUUAUCUGCCUGUCCAAGUAGCAGGGAGAAACUCGUAUUUAUUUAUCUGAACUCGGUGGGACACCAAGUACAUCGUUCUUCACUGCGGAACGUGGUACCGCAGGCAGACGCUCACCCAGGCUGCGUUUAGCUCUUUACAGGUUUGAUCUUACUAACGCCGACUGCUGAAGGCGAAGCUCGUUUCACAACGGUGACCUGAUUAUAGAGGAGAUCUGGGUAGAACAGAUUCUCUUCGCUGGAGUUUUUUUAUCCUUCCCAUACAGCUUGAAUAGGAACUCUAGUUGUCUGGUGACCUAAGAAUUCCAAACAGACUGGAAAGUUUAGGGUGACUUUUGUGGAAGAGUGAGUGUGUUGCUCAAUCUGCAAUUGUUUACAACCGUUGGGAGCCGUUAGGACUUCCAUGCAGUUGAAAACUUUUUGAGCACUAAUUUAUCGGUAGAGGUUCUUAGCAAUGGUCAUCCUCUUUAAAACUACCUCCGAAACAAACCUAGGGUCCUUUCUAAAGGGAAAUUCACUGCAGACUACAGCUUUUUUUUUUUUUCCCCCUUUUUUUUUUAAAUACUAAUAGCUGUUUUGGCUGUGAAACAUAUACAUGAUGAUCUCAGCAAUGUCUUACUAAUCCUAGCCAUAGAAGCAAAAGGCUGAUUCUGCACCCAGAGAUCUCUGCUGAAAUGAUUGAUACAAAUCCCCUGCCUGCCAAAGGUUAAUACUGUUGUGGGAGUAGAGAGCCAAAAUAAUACGGGAAGCUCUGUGGUACUUCUCUGCAGCACCCAGCUGAGAUUGGAAACAAACUGUGCUGAAAGACUUUAAUGAAAAACCCUGGAGCUUUUGCACGUGUUGAGCGCUCGGGGCUGUGGGUACCUGGCAGUUUUGAAAAUUGGACUUUGUGUUUUUGUACUUAGUGCUUAUCACCGACACCACUUGAUUAUUUUUUUAAAAUUUGUAUUAAUUUGGUAAGGGUUUGGGGAAAUGGAUCCACUUCAUACUUCCCAUAAAAGAGCCUUUGUGUGUUCUAAAACUCCACUGAUACCUGACUGGUUUUUAACUCCCAUGUAACGCGUAAAAUCCGUGGGUCAUCAGAGCAGUCGUGGAUAGGUGAACAUUGUCCCUGUACUCCGGGGGUGCAGAGACUUCAAACGCCAUUCUCGCAGACGGGCUGGGUCAGUAAGUCUGCGGUGCUAAAAGAAUAACCCGUGUUCCCUAUACAUAGCACUGUGCCUUAUUAUUUUACCAGCCUACAUCUGUCUCGGUGCAAUCAAAUUACUAUUCAGGGUUUCUUAUACGUUGCAGAUGUUCAUACUAAAUGUCAAUGUCGAAAGAAUUUACAGGUUAGCCUGUUUAUUAUAAAUAUCGUGAUGAGGUGUAAUAUGGUGGAGAAUGUAGAAAACAUAUAAGGUGCAUGUGACUGUAACUCUCUGUGAAGGAACACGUUGGAAAUAAGUCAGUCUCAAACUAUGUAUCUCAAUGUAAUGAACAGAUAUUUCCUAAAGUUGUAUUUCGGUUCAUUUUUAAAAAGAAAAUAAAUACAUAAUUUUCUU